GCCGUCUCACCCCCAAAUCUCUCCCUCUCUCUCUCUCUCUCUCUCUCUCUCUCUCUGCGAGCUACUAGAUUCGAAGAGCCUGCAGAGAUGGGAGUUGGAUUCGUGGUCGGGGUUUUUGGCGGCCUUGUUCUCGCCCACGCCGCCUAUUCCACCAUCCAAUACAGAGGCAUGCUGAAGAUCGUGGAGGAGGAGUUCUCCGGUCCUCCGAUGAAUGUUGUGGUGGAGCUGCUUCUGGGGUUAGCUUUGUGCACGUGGGCAGGGCUAGCCGUGCCCGCGAAGUUCCUCUCCAUACUCCCUGAUUCGGAUGAGAAUAGGAUUGUUUACUUACCAGCCAACCUGGACUUCAUGAUAUUCAAUCACCGCGGCAAAAUAUUACCAACCAAUACAGAAUUGAAGUUCAAGAUAUAGCAUUUUCAGUAAUCUUGAAGAUCUUGGAUUUCUUCCAAAACCUAGUUGAGGGACAAUAUCCGAGUUUAGGGCUUACAUGUCAUUCAACAAGUAUUUAGCCUGUUUUGUUUUAUUUUGAUUCUCAGAGACCAAAACAACUGUUCUUUUGAGAGACAGAGCUUGCAUUACAUGUUUGAAAUAGCAGUUAUGCGUCCAAUUGGUUAUCAGUGAUGAUAUUUAUUGAUAAUAUUUAUGCAGCCUACAACUCUUGGAAAGUAGACAGUAAUUAACAAUUUUUACCCAAAAGCAGGGUGAUGAUAAAUGUUAGUAUUA